UUGUCCUAGAAAAGCGUGUGUGUAAAAAGUUGAAUUUUUUUUUCAAUAGAUCGACGGAUGUCCUUGUCGCACACUAUUGCUUUCUUUGUCUAGCGUCAUUAGACAAGGAGACAAACAGCGUGUGACAAGGACAGACAUAUGUGCGCGGUAAACAAGGAGAGCGACAGUGUGCAACAAGGACAUAUUCGCACAAAGAGAACAAAAGCGUGCGAUAAGGAUAGGGUUAAGCACAGAUGUGUGGUUGAUUACAAAAAAAAAAAAAAAAAGAAAAAAGAUGGAAAACAUAAGGCUAAGCCCAACAACAAUGGAUAUGAAAUUAAAAAAUAGGAACAGUGUGAAUAAACUCAAACAUAGCUCUCCAAAAUUGCAGGAGGUCUUACGAGAGAGAUGUCGUCAAAAAAUGAGGGAGAAACGAGGACAGUUAUUUAACAAACGUAGAUUUGGUUUAGAACUCUGUUCGAAAGAUGUACAGGAGACUUUAACCGAAAUCGUUCGUAAAGAAUUCAGUGAUCUUAUGACUACAAACCUAGAUUCAACUUUUGUGGAUAAUUCAUUUCUAAAUGAAUCACUUGAUCCCGAAGCAACAUUUGAACUUGAAAAUGAAAUAGUCAAUGAAGAGCAAUGGAUAAUUCAAGAAUAUGAAAGAAUGAUGCAAGAAGAAAUUGAAAUGCUAGCUCUUACUGCAGAUGGACAAGUUGAUGAAGUUAUCUGUCCUAUAUGUCAGAUAUCGAACUUAAUAGAAAAAGAAAAUAAAAUAGCUUGUAGAUCUUGUGAUUUUAUAUUGAACAACAGUGUCAGCAUUAAGGAAGUAGGAUAUCAUAUUAAUAACUGUGUGAAUAUCCAUUCGUCUCAGUGUAAAGAACCACCUGGCUUUUUUCCACUUCCUGAGAAUGACAAGAUAUCCCUGUAUCUCAUUUGUGAUAAAUGUUCAACUUGGACAUUAAUAAUAUAAAUUUUGAUAUUUCCUUCAAUU